UACCUGGAACUGGGAAUGAUGUCAGCUCCCAGCUCGGUGCCUGCCCGGAUUCCUGACAUGGUGUAGGGCCGAGAGGGUGGGGAAGGCGGGAGCCGGACGGGAAAGGGCUCGGGCUGAGAGCCUGCGGCGGGGCAGCCGUGUCGGGGCUUUGAACUCGGACGGAAGGUGAACCAGAACUUUUGGAAGUAGUGCCGGCGGCUCUCCACCCCCCAGGCCCACUUGAAGCAGUUCAGGAAACCUUUGCUGAGAGCCUCUGUCAGAGCUCAGCGCGCAAACUGUGCUGGAGGCAGUAUAAAAGAAUUUUAUGGACCAGUUGGCUAAUAAGUAUGUGGAAGUUUUGAAGAGCUGAAGAAAAAAAAUCAGUAGUAGACUUGCUUUUUAAAAUGGGAAUCUACAUGAAGCUGAUGCAGGAGGACAUAUAGGGAAGAAUUAAACUAAAAACUUUGGGAUGUUUGUACUUCAGUCAUUUAGAUGUUCUGGCAAUUGAUAAACAGAAGAAAUAGCAUUUGCCUCAGAGCGCAGAUCUAGGUUGGAAUUUGCCCUUGACGGAUACCAAAAUGAUGAGUGACGCAAGUGACAUGUUGGCAGCGGCGUUGGAGCAGAUGGAUGGGAUUAUAGCAGGUUCUAAGGCCCUGGAAUAUUCCAAUGGGAUUUUUGAUUGCCAGUCUCCCACCUCCCCGUUCAUGGGAAGCCUUCGAGCUCUGCACCUUGUGGAAGACCUGCGUGGCUUAUUAGAGAUGAUGGACACAGAUGAAAAGGAAGGUUUGAGAUGCCAGAUCCCAGAUUCAACAGCAGAAACGGUCGUCGAAUGGCUUCAGAGUCAAAUGACAAAUGGACACCUGCCCGGGAAUGGAGAGGUGUAUCAAGAAAGGCUAGCACGUUUAGAAAAUGAUAAAGAAUCUCUCGUUCUUCAGGUAAGUGUGUUAACAGACCAGGUAGAGGCUCAAGGAGAGAAGAUUCGAGAUUUGGAGUUUUGUCUUGAAGAGCACAGGGAAAAGCUGAAUGCUACAGAAGAAAUGCUGCAGCAGGAGCUUCUGAGUAGGACAUCCUUAGAAACUCAGAAGUUGGAUCUGAUGGCUGAAAUAUCUAACUUGAAGCUAAAACUGACAGCUGUAGAGAAGGACAGAUUGGAUUAUGAAGAUAGGUUCAGAGACACCGAGGGGCUAAUGCAAGAGAUCAAUGAUUUGAGGUUAAGAGUCAGUGAAAUGGACAAUGAAAGACUUCAGUAUGAAAAAAAGCUGAAAUCAACUAAAUCUUUAAUGGCCAAACUUUCUAGCAUGAAAAUCAAGGUGGGUCAGAUGCAGUAUGAAAAGCAGCGGAUGGAGCAAAAAUGGGAGUCACUGAAGGACGAACUGGCAUCUUUAAAAGAACAACUGGAGGAGAAGGAAUCUGAAGUAAAAAGGCUACAAGAAAAAUUGGUGUGCAAGAUGAAAGGAGAGGGGGUGGAAAUUCUUGAUCGAGAUGAAAAUUUUAAAAAGAAGCUCAAAGACAAAAAUAUUGAAGUGCAAAAAAUGAAAAAGGCUGUGGAGUCUUUGAUGGCAGCAAAUGAAGAAAAGGAUCGGAAAAUAGAAGAUCUUCGACAGUGCCUGAAUAGGUACAAGAAAAUGCAAGAUACGGUGGUACUGCCCCAAGGUAAAAAAGGCCAAGAUGGCGACUUUGAAGAUCUGCUCACUUCCGGUUCCAUCUCUACUUUGCUGGAUGUGCAGGGUUUUAGUGACCUGGAGAAAAGUCUAUCACCUACACCAGUCAUGGGAUCUCCCAGUCGUGACCCAUUUAACACAAGUGUUCCAGAAGAGUUCCACACCAGCAUCUUGGAAGUUUCAAUCCCUUCAUCACUGCCAGCAUCUAAGGGCUUGGAAGCUUCUGAAAAAGCAAAAUUGCCUCCUCAACCAGAGACUUCAUUUGAAGAAAGCGAUGGAAAAAUAAUCCUUGGUGCUGCUGUUGAAACUGAGCCUUGUGAUAGUCUUUCAACUUCAAGUCUGCAAAAGUCCAGCAGCCUGGGCAAUCUGAAGAAAGAGUCAUCAGACGGGGAAAAGGAGUCUGUUCAGAAGCCUUCAGAGGAUAAAGCUCCAGUGGAAAGCAGCCCAUUUGGGAGCCUCCCUCCGAAAGCUCCAGGACAUGAUGCCUCCAUGGACGACAACCCUUUUGGCACUCGGAAAGCCAGAUCUUCCUUUGGGCGUGGCUUUUUUAAAAUAAAAAAUAACAAGAGGACUGCGAGUGCACCAAACUUGGAUCGUAAACGAAGUGCCAGUGCACCCACCUUAGCUGAAACGGAGAAGGAGACAGCUGAGCACCUAGAUCUGGCUGGUGUAUCUUCCCGGCCAAAAGAUUCACAGGGAAGCAGUCCCUUCCAGAUAUCUCCUCCAUCGCCGGAUUCCAAAAAGAAAUCCAGAGGUAUCAUGAAACUCUUUGGAAAACUUAGGAGAAGUCAGUCAACUACAUUCAACCCGGAUGACAUGUCUGAGCCCGAAUUCAAAAGAGGAGGGACAAGGGCAACUGCAGGACCACGACUGGGUUGGUCUCGAGAUUUGGGACAAUCUAACAGUGACUUGGAUAUGCCAUUUGCCAAAUGGACCAAGGAGCAGGUUUGCAGUUGGCUUGUGGAACAAGGCUUGGGGUCCUACCUGAAUUCUGGCAAGCACUGGAUUGCAUCUGGCCAAACCCUUCUGCAGGCUUCUCAACAAGAUCUGGAGAAGGAACUUGGAAUUAAGCAUUCACUUCAUCGAAAGAAACUCCAGCUGGCACUGCAAGCCCUGGGGUCCGAAGAAGAAACCAACCAUGGAAAGCUGGAUUUCAACUGGGUCACUAGAUGGUUGGAUGAUAUCGGUCUCCCCCAGUACAAGACCCAGUUUGACGAAGGACGGGUAGAUGGUCGAAUGCUCCAUUACAUGACUGUUGAUGACUUACUGUCUUUGAAAGUCGUGAGUGUGCUACAUCAUCUCAGUAUCAAAAGGGCUAUCCAGGUCCUGAGGAUCAAUAACUUUGAACCCAACUGUCUGCGGAGGCGGCCCUCUGACGAGAACAGCAUCACCCCAUCAGAAGUUCAGCAGUGGACCAACCAUCGUGUGAUGGAGUGGCUGCGCUCCGUGGACUUGGCAGAAUAUGCCCCCAAUCUCAGAGGCAGUGGUGUCCAUGGUGGACUCAUGGUUCUAGAACCUCGUUUUAAUGUAGAAACAAUGGCUCAGUUAUUGAACAUCCCACCAAGUAAGACCCUCUUGCGAAGACAUUUGGCUACUCACUUCAACCUUCUGAUCGGUGCUGAGGCCCAGCACCAAAAGCGUGAUGCCAUGGAGUUACCAGAUUAUGUACUGCUAACAGCCACUGCCAAAGUGAAGCCAAAGAAACUUACCUUCAGCAAUUUUGGGAAUCUGAGAAAGAAGAAACAGGAAGAUGGGGAAGAAUAUGUUUGUCCAAUGGAAUUGGGACAGGCUUCAGGAAGUACCUCUAAGAAAGGAUUUAAACCUGGAUUGGACAUGCGCCUAUAUGACGAAGAUGAUUUGGACCGGUUAGAGCAGAUGGAGGAUUCAGAAGGGACAGUGAGGCAGAUAGGGGCGUUCUCUGAAGGCAUCAACAAUCUAACACACAUGUUAAAGGAGGAUGACAUGUUUCGAGAUUUUGCCGCCCGUUCCCCCAGCGCCAGCAUUACUGACGAGGACUCCAACGUUUAAGCCAAGCACUUGGUUGAGCAUGAGGAGCCCCUCGUCUUUUCUCCACCUGAUUUCUCAAACAGCUCGCAGAAGAUCUAACAAGCAGCAGAUUGUAUACGGUUUAUCAUUCCACCUUCUCAGAAGUGGAAACGGGAAGCGGGGGGGAGGGUGGGUACCUAUUUUGAAGAUGCCAUGAAAAAUGAGACACUGGUGAAUGAGAGUAUAAUUGUCCUCUAUAUUUAAUGUAAAAAUGUGUGAUAUAUUAUAUUUAAAGUGUUGCAUUUAAUUCGAGUGUUUUACCUAGCGUUUCACGUUCACAUUCAGCAGUACGCAGGAUUUGGGAAGCGGGAAGCAGUGCGUGGAUGAUCUUGUCACGUCUGUGUGACAACCCUGCGGCCGUCAAAGCAGGACAUUACAUGCUUCCAAAAGCAGUAUGUGGGAUUUCUUCACGCGUUCAGUGUGCCUGCUAAAUGCCAGCCGCACCUCCACUUGCCUCUUAUUGUCCUAUUUUAUAUAUUUUUCUAAAUACGUGUAUAUAUUUAGUACAUAGAAAAUAGAACUUUUAUUUUGUGACAUACGGAAGAUGGUGAAAAGCAAAUACAGUGAUCAAAAUGGUCAUAUACCAGCUGGUCCUUGGAGAGGUUGGGAUGAUCUCUCCUUCUCCACAACUGAAUUUUAAUGAUAUUAAUAUUGAUCAUCCCAUCUAAAUUAAGAUAUAUGAAAUACCCCUUCUUUGAUGACACAUCACCCAAUGUUGAAGAGUUAAAAAAGUUUCAACCUCCAUCUUGGAUCCUUUCACCUCAAAAGGAAGAACGCCAGGGAUGUUUAAAUACUAUUAACGCGAAUGCAUUCAGAAGUUCCCCCCAAAUUUGUAGAAAUGAUUUCUGAAGAAACCAAACCUAAACAAAAACCUUUACAGUAUUAAGCUGCUUAUUUUCCUUCCUGCUAAAUAUAUCAUUACAUCAAAAUACUAACAAUGUACCUACUGUUAUUGAUUGUACAUUUCUCAGGCUAUCAAUGAAUGGGAUUUUGUUAAGCUGAAUAUUCGUCUGAACAUUUUGUCUCAGAGUUCAAUAACGCUGAGGCUGCAAAAUGAGUUUUAGAAUGGCUGUACUGUGAUGAGAAAAUGUAGUUCAUGUUUUUCUAUAGCACAGGGCCCAGACAGCAUCUCUAAAGGGGAGAGCCGUGGCAAAAACUUACUGUGUUUAUCAUUUUUUUUUAGGGGAAUUCAAAAAAAAUCCUAUUUUUUAUUCACUACUACAUCACUUCUCACGAUAGCCAACUUGGUAAAGACAGGUUUUCAUAAAUUGGCAUGGGGAUGGGCAGUUCAGUAUGUGCCAGUGGAUUUGCUUAUAAAUUAUAUUUAAAUGUCAGUGGUGUGAUCUUGCAAGCUAUUAGCAGGUUACCAAGCUUUCCAACAAGGGCCUGUAAUACCAAAUUACUGUUUAUUCGUGACUAAAAUGAUCUGAUGCUAAUUAAUAGUCUUUUGCUCCCUACCAUUCAUCGUUUGGUAACUGUAUUGGGCUCUUACAUAUUAGUGCUUUAUUUUAAUGUGAACAUAUGUCACCAUUUGAAAAACAAUUUCUUAUUCAAACCUGGUUAAAAAAAAAUACCAGGAGACUGUUAUAGAUGCCAAAUAUUCUUUAUUCAGGGCAGUGUAACAUAACUGAUGAUACGUGAUAAAGUUAAAAUUUUUUUGAUGAUAUAUAUUUUAUUUACAAAACAUUGUACACUGCUGGUAUUACCAUAUGAAAAGAAAUAAAGUCAAUUGAUAAUUGUC